GUUUCCCCCCUUUCGAGGGGGGUUAUGGCCAUAGCAGUGGAGCUCUGGUGACUCCGGGAGCGGCUACAGUGCUGCAAUGCUGCCAGCAGCAGCCCCGGUGAAAGGAGGCGUCUGAGCAGAAGCAGCAUCGCCUCUCCCCAUCGUCUUUCUGUCUCUCCCGCCCUCCCUGCUCCGGGCUCAGUCGUCUCCGUCGCCCUCACUCAAGCCGAGGAGCGCCCUGCUCUCUGCAGAGGGGCCACGCCGGGGCUCGCCAAGCAGCGGCUCCAACAGAAACCGCCAAACACAACAUGGCCACUCUGCUCCGGAAAAUCGGGCUCAUCCGACUGCACAACAGGGACACGGAGGAUCCCAAGCACCAUCAUCACCACCACCGCAGCAGCCAGCAGGGCUCCUCGCUCCGAGCCAAGGGCAGCCAGAAGAACAGCAGCAACAAGCAGCAGGGCAGCGCCGGCUGCAGCAGCAGCAGCAGCCCCAGCAAGGAGGGCAGCCCAGCGGGCAACAAGGCCAAGAAAGUGCUGGAGCUCUCCAAGCAGCCGCCGCAGCAGCCCGGCUCGGGGGGCCACAAGGAGAAGCCCCCGCACCACAGCGCCAAGGAGCCCGGCUCGGGUAAGGAGCCCAGGCCGCAGCUGCUGCCUGGGGGGAGCAGCAGCGGCCGGGCCGGCUCUGCCCCGCUGGUGCCGCCCCCGUCGGGCUCUGCCCCCGUGGCGCCCUCGGGCAGGCAGCAGCACUGCACGCAGGUGCGGAGCCGGCGGCUGAUGAAGGAGCUGCAGGACAUCGCCCGGCUGAGCGACCGCUUCAUCUCUGUGGAGCUGGUGGACGAGAGCCUGUUCGACUGGAACGUGAAGCUGCACCAGGUGGACAAGGACUCGGUGCUGUGGCAGGACAUGAAGGAGACCAACACCGAGUUCAUCCUGCUCAACCUCACCUUCCCCGACAACUUCCCCUUCUCGCCGCCCUUCAUGAGGGUGCUCAGCCCCCGCCUGGAGAACGGCUACGUGCUGGACGGCGGGGCCAUCUGCAUGGAGCUGCUCACCCCUCGCGGCUGGUCCAGCGCCUACACCGUGGAGGCGGUCAUGAGGCAGUUCGCAGCCAGCCUGGUGAAGGGUCAGGGCCGUAUCUGCAGAAAAGCUGGCAAAUCAAAAAAGUCCUUCAGUCGUAAGGAAGCUGAAGCAACAUUUAAGAGUUUAGUGAAGACCCAUGAAAAAUAUGGGUGGGUCACUCCUCCCGUUUCUGAUGGCUGAUAUUUGCACCCUGCACAUCAAUGCUAAACAAAACAACAAAACCAAGUACUAUGCUAUCUCCUCAGUGCUGUACACCACCCAUCCUUUUCUACUUCAGCUUCUGUUAGAUACCAUGAAUGUCAAGGAGACAUUUAAAUAAUUUGAUCUAUUUACAGAGGGAGAGAAAACAAAUGCUGUUUAGGAUUAUGUUUUAGGACUGGCGAAUGGUCAUCUUUAAGUCACUUUAGAGCGGAUGUUAUGAUUGUGUCAUUUGCCCCAUGCAGGCCUUAUUGUCUUCGUCUUCUUUCCAUGACAGCAGCACCAGACAUCAGUACUGGAAAUUCCAUCCAUUACUGCUCAGUUCAUUUAAAUGUAGAAAUGAAGCAGUUAAUAUUUAAUAGGGCAGCAGUGCAUUGCAGGUACAUGUUUGCUGUGCUGUUUAUCUUUGUUUCCUAGCAGGUCAACAUAACUUGAAGAUGUGUCUUUAUGUGGAGCUGUGGUCUGCUGUGACUAAAUUUAGACCUCAUGUGUGCUCUAUAUAUGACCUUUAAUUCAUAAAAGCAGAAUUAUAACAAUGAAAGAUUCUGGUGUUGAAAAACUGUUAAAUGAAAUCACGCAAUUGGUCAAAUUGUUCUAUCUAUGCUGGUAUUGUGGUAUGCUGUUGUUCAGAGAUAAACCAGUGUGAUUAGAUCAGGUGAUAUGUCAGAUACCAGAUGCACCCACUAUAGGGCUCAAAGUCGUUGAUGGUAGAAUAGUUUUUAUCUUCCCAGUACAAUGCAGUACUCCUACAACAGCAUGUUUGCCUGUCAGCUUUUCAACGGCAAUACUAAAACCAAAAAACAUAAAUGAACCUUUAAAAUUUAUGAGUCAUUUUUAAAUGAUGUGCCAGUAACAAAGUAAAAGUCAGAUUUUUCAAAGAAAGUGGAACAAUUGGUUUGUAAAGAUGAUUUGCAUGGUUGAAUUUUUUAUUUUUCCUCAAUAGACAUUGUAUGUACUUUGAGCCCCGUAUCUGAGAAAACCCACUGAUGUAUAUAAAUGUCCUGUUAUUUAAUCAUUAAGAUUUAAUUUUUCUCUUUUGUUCAAUAAUUUAAAAACUUUCUAAGACUCCAUAAAAUCUGGAGAUAAUGUUUAUAAUAAUAUAUUGAAACAGCUUAAAAAUGUGGAAUCCAAAUGGAAAAUCAUAUUGGACACAUUCUGAAUAAAAUCACCAAUACCGUU